CGUUUUUAUUUUGCUGAAAAACCACAUGCCUCAUUUUUGGAGGACUGAGAGUCAACGCGAAUUGAAGCGCAGCAUGAGUGAGAAUCAGCGCAAGUGGUAUGACAAGGUCAAGCAUGCGAGUGGCAAGCUCGAACUGAUCCGGCAAAACAUUCGCGAAGAUGACGUGCAGGCCAUUGCCGAAGCACUCAAAGCGAACACGUCAUUGAGAGCGCUCGAUCUGAGGGAGAAUCAGAUUGGCGACGCGGGAGCUCAGGCCAUUGCUGAGGCACUCAAACUGAACACGACGCUGACCGAGCUUGGGUUGGGCCAAAAUCAGAUUGGUGAUGCUGGAGCUCACGCGAUUGCUGAAACACUCAAAUCUAACACGAUGCUGGCUAAACUCAGUUUGCGCCGGAAUCAGAUUGGCGAUGCGGGAGCUCAGGCCAUUGCUGAGGCGCUGAGAGUGAACACAACACUGACCGAGCUCGGUUUUGGCUGCAAUCAUGUUGGCGACCCUGGAGCGAAGGCAAUUGCUGAAGCAUUCAAAGUGAACACGACAAUGACUGGACUCGGUCUGAGUGAGAAUGCCAUUGGGGAUGCUGGUGCGCAAGCAGUUGCCGAGGCACUGAAAGUCAAUACGGCGCUGAAUUGGCUCUUUCUGCACCAGAAUCAGAUUGGCGAUGCCGGAGCGCGGGCGAUUGCGGAAGUCCUCAAAGUGAACAAGAAGCUGAGAUACCUUUAUCUGAGCAACAACUUUAUCACCAACGUUGGAAUUACCGCAUUGAGGCAAACAGGCAAUACCAUUUGUCAACUGGAUGUCGCGCUGAGUGCAGCACGACUAGCAGCAGACGUUCAGGCGCAAGCGUCGGUCUAUCAAGAAACAUGA